AUGCCUUGUCAAAAAAUUGUUCAACAACGAUUACGAUUAUUGGGUAGUUUUUCGAAUAGUGCAAAAACAUCAACAUCAACAACAUCAACAUCAACAACAACAAUAACAACAACGACAACAACAGCAACAACAACAACAACAACAACAUCAACCGUAUCAACUUUUCACAGUAAUAGUUGCAGUGAUCAUCGAAAUAGUAAUUAUCAGGAUUUGGUAUAUUCAAAUGGGUAUAAUUCUAAAAAUCAAUCAUGCUAUCAUCAACGAUCAGUAUCAGCAUUACCUCUCCAAGAACAUUUACAACAACAACAACAUGGAAAUGGUAGUGAUAUAGGAUAUCAUGGAAAUGGUAUUCAUUAUACAUCCAAUAAUACUGUACAAAUGCCAACCAAUUAUGGUUGUCAUCGAGAAAAUUCUACAUUAACUACUGGUAUAUUACUUUGA